AUGGCCUCUAUUUUCAGUCAGUUGGAUGUCACGCUGGGAAACCGCCUCAUAAGCCAAAGCAACAACUGCUACCCUUGCAGGGCCUUUAUAGAAUCAGUGCUCAAUUACAGCGACGACACCCUCACCACGCAAUUUUCCGCUGGCCUGUUUUACAAAGACACUGCUGGACAACAUGAAGAAACAGAGUUGGAUGGAGGGAAUGUAGGGUUUGUGAGGCGUGCAAAGCUGACGGCCGAGAGCAGAAUGGUAGAGCUGCUGGGCCAUUUACACAGCGACCUGUUUUUUCAAGAAAAACUUUUGUUAAACGGAGUGAAAAUUAAACUGACGCGCAGUAAAGACGCUUUCUGUUUAAUGGGCAGUGCGGCUGAAGGCUUUAAACUGCGCAUUGUAUCAGUGUCCCUUUUUGUGAAGAAAGUACGGGUGGCCCUGGGAGUCUGUCUGGGGCACGCGGAGGCCCUGCUUACCGCUAAUGCUAAAUACCCCGUGGACCGUGUGGGAAUGAAAGUGUUUAGCAUCCCCACGGGCAGCAGGGUCAGUAACCAGGAGAACCUGUUCUUGGGACAGUUACCCAAAAUGCUUGUCCUAGGGUUUGUGGAUAACUAUGCCUUUAGCGGAAGUUACGCUAAAAAUCCCUUUCAUUUUAAACAUUACAAUAUUAAUUUUGUGGCCUUGUAUGUGGAUGGUGAACAGAUACCGACCAAGCCUCUGCAACUGGACUUCGAGGCAGGACGCUGCGUGAGAGACUACAUGAAUUUGGUACAGAUAGCUGGUAAACACAUGAAAGAUCGUUCUCUGUUAAUCGACCGUGAGAGGUUUGCACAGGGUUACACGUUGUUUGCCUUUGACCUGUCUCCCAACCAGGAAUGCGCUGAUCACUAUUCCCUGAUUAAAACUGGGAACCUGAGAGCAGAAAUACAUUUUGGGAAGGCUUUAAUGGUUACCCUCAAUAUGAUUGUGUAUGGGGUUUUUGACAAUGUCAUAGAAAUAAAUCAGAGGAGAAAUAUUCUGUUUGACUACAUGUGA